CAGUCAAGUCAGUCAUUACUUUUCAGGAUAAAUUUCACCACGAUUUACAGUGAUCUUCACUGGAGCUGACUGUUGUUUUGGACAUUAAAAUAGUUAACCAAUAGUUUGAGGGGGUGGGCAAGCUUUUCAGUGACAGGCUAAUUCCAGUAAUGUAUAAUAAAUUUGGGGAGCUGCUCAAUGCAGAGGCUGAAGAAAAUGCAGAUAUUGGUGGUACUGUAGAGGAUGAAGAUGAAGGUUCUGAUGACCCAAACCUUCAGCUGGAGCUCAAUGCGUUCAGAGCUCAGUGGAUGUCUGAACUCAAAACGAGCUCUGGGACAAGUGACCGACUACUGCGAACUAAAGGUCUGAAGAGGACACAAGAAAUUGCUCGGGAGGAGAAAGCCACAGAGCUGUUCUUGAGAGCUGUUCAGGAAGAGCAGAAUGGAGCUGUCUAUGAGGCUAUCAAGUUCUAUCGCAUGGCAAUGCAGCUUGUGCCUGACAUUGAGUUUAAAAUCAACUACAGCCGUCCUCCUGACGCAGACCGAGUUGGAGCAAACUACAUGGAGGAUAGUGAUGUCGAUGGUGAGAUUGAAGAUCUACUUGCCUACUUUGAGCAGCAGCUCACUCUGGAAAGCUCUGUUCCAAAGAUCUGCACUCCUGAGUUGGAAAUGACUCAGAUGCACAUUUCAGCCUUGCCACGGGAAAUCCUGAUGUACAUAUUUCGUUGGGUUGUGUCGAGUGAUCUGGACAUGCGAGCCCUGGAGCAGCUCUCUUUGGUUUGCCGGGGGUUUUAUAUUUGUGCGAGGGAUCCAGAGAUUUGGCGUUCAGCCUGUUUACGAGUGUGGGGACGGAACUGCACCAAACUUGUACCCUUCAAAUCCUGGAGGGAGAUGUUUCUGCAAAGGCCGCGUGUCCGUUUUGAUGGUGUCUAUAUCAGCAAGACAUCAUACAUUCGUCAAGGAGAGGAAUCGCUGGAUGGAUUUUACAGGGCUUGGCACCACGUUGAGUACUACAGGUACCUCCGGUUCUUCCCUGACGGCCACGUCAUCAUGCUAACCACACCUGAGGACCCUCUGUCCGUUGUCCCUCGCUUGCGUACUAGGAACACCAGAAUGGAUUCUGUUCUGCUCGGUCAUUUCCGUCUGUCACAGGAGACAGACAAUCAAACCAAAGUUUUCGCUGUUGUCUGCAAGAAAAAGGAGGAGAAAGCGGCCGAGUUUCAAAGGAAUCGGUUCUGCAGGCGGAACCCAGCUCCGGAAGCUGAGCACAGCUUCCACGUGGGACUGCAUCUAUCCUCGGGGGGGCGCCAGAGUUUCAGUAAGCUGGUGUGGAUCCACCACUCCUGCCACAUCACCUACAAGCUGACUGGGGAAACAGUUGUCACAGCAUUUGAGCUGGACAGGAUGUACACACCCUUCUUCUUUGCACGUGUGAAGAGUUACACUGCUUUCUCCGAGCAGCCUCUUUAAAGCAGCAUGGAGACCUGCACAUGAUCCCAUGAAGACCACAGCAAGCGUUCAAACAACAUUUUAACUAAAUGCAUACUCUUCAGCCUGUUUAAUUUGUGCUGCAGCUGGAUUAUGGUGUUAAUGUAUGAACCCUCAUGUUUCCCACACGCGAGCAUGUUACGUUUCAGGUUUACAUAAUAGAAUACUACUUAUUUUCUGAUUUCAGAAAUUAUGGUAAUGUGCUGAGAGCUAAAAUAAUUAGCAACCUUUCCCACCUGUUCCAAGCAAUGAAUGUUCAUACUGUUUUUGUUUCAUGGUGCACUUUCUCCCUCAAAUAAAAAGUGGUGAACAGAA